CCCAGUAAAGAUCAAGCAAUCAGCAAGUAUCGACGGUAUAAGGCGACCUGGACCGGGUGAGGCUCGAACACUAGUCUCCUUGUCGGGACCAGAGAUGGCGGACUGAAGAGAAGAGAGUCUAGUCUCGUCUUGAGUAUCUAAUUUGUCCGCUGAAGCCAGAGUAAGACCGAGCGUGUUGAAGUGGAGUCCCUUUAGUAGUAGUGCAGCGACCAAGACCGAGUGGAGAAAGAAGUCGUUGGACGGGAUGAAUAUAGUAAGUAGUAGAUAGAUACUCAUGACUACCAGGUACUACUGAACUGAACAUAUCUACUGUAUGUAUCUACUACUAGCUAGUACUACCACUACUCCUAAUAUGCGGGUGAAACAAUCCAUGCAUCCGUUCAUUGAUCACUAUAAUUUUCCAUACUACGUAGUAAAAUCAAAUCAAAUCAAAUCACGCCCAACUAGGGAUUCUUCCGGUCAGGUGCCCGCGCGUAUUAUUACCUGUCCCACCCACAUAUACUAUUCUGUCUUCUUUUUCCCCCCUGUAACUUACCGGCCUCGUGAUCUAGAAUGUAGUAAGAAGUUCGCUGGUUUACGACGAACUCACGCCUCUUUUCCCCUUUCUUUCCUUCCUUCCUUCUUUCCCUUCACACAUCCUUCGCUUUCUCUCAACUAUUUCGCCAGUCUGUUCAUCACUUAUUUGUGUCAUCGCUCCCCAUUACCCUUCAUGGCCCGUCAAUCCAUCUCAGCUGCGCCUUCUCCCCCCAAUUUCCCCCUCCAGAAAAUGAAAGUGAUCGUCUGGAGUACCGCAGAUCCAGUUCGAACUCUCACAGUUUCCGGGUCCCGACCCGGUGGGGGUUCAUGAAUAUAGUUCUCAUCAGCUCGCCAUUUGCAGAGUGGAUUCAUGCUUUAUGAGACAGUCAUGACAUCUGACUCUGGACAGGCUGCCACUUUUUUUCUUUUUCGGUCUUUUCUUCCCGCCCCCCUUGGAUUCUUCCCCCCCAAAGA